UUUUGUUGUUGUUGUGAUCAACCUAUUUCUUUUUCCCUUCAAAUCAAUCGAUUGUUGUUUAGGUCAAUGGAUCUAUCGAUCGUAAGAUCAAUUUUGAUCAAUACUUUAAAUCAAUCAAUAUCAACAUUGAUGUGAAUGUGAAAUGACCGAUCAAGAAUCGAUAUAUUAUUAUUGAUAUAUAUGAUCGACAAAAUGUCAGUGGUCGAUCACCAAAGUUAUUUUCGUUGUGAUGAUCAUCAUCAUCAUCAUCAUCAGAGACGAACAAUAAUGACAACGACAACAAUUGGAACAUCUACAUCGAUGCCAAUCAUUACCACAGCCAUAAAACCAUCACAACAAUCAUCAAAUAAAUAUCAUAGCCAUAAUAAUAAACAACAAUUAUCGACCAUCACCUCAUCAUCAUUAAUAUUACCAUCAACGCCUACAAAUUCCCUUCCCAUAUCAUCAAAAACACCAAUAUCAACGGCUAAAUCAUUAUCAUUAUCAUCAUCGACACCGCCAUCAUCAUUAUCAUCAUCGACUUUAAUAAUAAAUUCAUUGAAUUUCAUAAUGAAUACAUUUCAAUGUAAUAUCAAUCAAGAACAGGCAUGGGCUUUAAUCUAUCAAUCAACCAAAACAUUGAAUGAAUUGUUGAUGCAAUUCGAACGACGAAAUGGAACUAAAAUAAACGGCUGUGAACUUUUAUUACGAAAGUUGACUUCAUUUUCACAAAUUUUAUUCGAUCAUCAUGGAAAUGUAUGCAAUUCAACAUGGACAGUGUCGAUUGAUAAUAGGGCAAAAGUUAUGCCUACUAAUAAUAAUAAUAAUAAUAAUAAUAAAAAUAAUAAUGCCGAAACUGACGAAGACGAUGAUAAUGAUAUACUUUUGUUCACUAAAAAUGAUGAUAAACGUUUGAUGAAUGAAUCAAUUAAUGGUUUGAUUGCUUCUCUAGCAACAAUUAUCUAUUCAGCAUUAGAAUGGAAUUGGAAACGUUGCCAGCUGUCAUCCAAUCAACAAAAAAACAAUAAUGAUGAUGACGAAGAAGAAGAAGAAGAAGAAUUAGACCUUGAAGAAAGUCUUGAACUAUUAAUGCUUUCGAUGAUCCGUGGAUCCGAACAUAAAGAUCUCGUCGAUGAAGGUUAUAUUGAUGCAAUGGAAGAAAGUUGUUUAAAUUGGGUCCUAGUCAAAUGUGAACAACAUUAUCAAACAUUGAUACAAUCUUCGGAAAAGAAUGCAACAAUCGAAAUGUUAUUGACCAAAAAUCAAUUGGGUGCUGAUUAUUAUUAUCGUACUGUCUGUAAAAUGAUGAUUGAUGAGGCAGUUAAAUUAAGUAAAUUAGUCAAUCAAUUUUAUGAUCAUAAUGGACCUGAUGAUCAACGGCAACAACAUUUGAAUAAAUUAUUCGCUUCAUCUGAUCUAUCACCAUCAUCUUAUCAACAACUAGAUACUGAAAGUCUAAAAAUAUGGGCACAAACCUGGAUAAAAGUAAUGUCUGAACUUCGAUUCGGUGUUCGUCUUCGACCGGUUCCUUUACAUGACGAUCAUGUUCACAAUGAUGAUGAAUCGAAAUCUAAGGAACAAAAAUUGACUCCCAAAAAUGAUGAAUUACUUCGACAUAUCGAAAAUAUACGUGAAAAUCUACGAAAAGCAGCUAAUCAUAAUGAUGAUGAAUCUGAACCAUCAUCGUUACGAUCAUUACCUGUAAUGUUUACUCAAGAAUCGAUUGCAGAAAAAUUGAAGAAUUUAAAACCUCCUUCUGAGAGACGUAAUUUGCCAAAGUCAUCAAAAUUUGUUCAAAAUUAUGAACCUUGUCUUCAUGAUCGUUUGAUGACUGCUAUUCACAAUUAUGAUCAAAGUCAAUUACGUCCGACAAGAACAGAAAUAAAACCUGAUGUACGUAAGCUAUAUCUUUUGGAACGUCAACAACGACAUACGUGGCAACGACAAAAACAUUGUAAAUCUUUAUGGAAUAUUUACGGUGUUGACAAUGCUGAUGAUAAUCUAAUUGAAAAGACAUCUACAAUAAAAAGAAAAAUGUAUUCACCAGAUACCUGUAAACCAAUAUCUAGGACAUCAAAUUAUUCAUCUAAAGCAGUAUCCAGAUCUCUUACUAGUUCUAUCCGUCCUGCAUUAUCGCUUAGUCAUUUGAUCAUGAAUGAUUCGACAAUGGCCUUUCAUAAACCGAAAAUUAAUCAAUAUCAACAACAGCAACCACUGCAGCAGGUGACAAACAAAAAGAAACGUUUAUCAUUGAAAGAGAACAAUAUUCAUCAUCAAAUUUUAAUACGAACUUCGACACCGAAAUUCCAUAAUAACAAUGUCGAUACGAAACAAUCAUCAUCAUUCGAUAUGAAUAAUUGUUCAACGAAUUUCGAAAUGAACAAUUAUCGUAAUUCUAUUCAUUCAAAUGGUAUUUUACAAUCGUCUGUGUUAUGUAAUAGCUACGAAAAUUUACUAGUCACUAAUAAUACUAGUUCCAAUUGGAACGAUGAUAACAAUGACAAUGAUGAUGAUUUUUUUUGCAAAAGUAUCUGUCAUCAUUAUCCUUGUAAAAAUCGAUCCUCAUUGCAUAUCAAACAAACAGAGCAAUUAUCAUACAUCGAUGACGAUGAUCAACAACAACCACCACCAACACCGUUGUUAGAUCGUAAUCCAUUAUUACGACGAAGUUUCAUAAGAAAACCAUUACCUGCAACUUAUGCAAUGUCUAAAUCAUUUCAUAAUCAUCAUCAUCAUCAUCAACAUCCACAGCAACAACAACAACUGCAAAGAUCACGUUGUAGUUCAUUUUCUGUUUUACCAAAACCAUCGGAUAGGUUAACAACAAAUAUUGAUUGUUCAAAUUAUGUUGGUGAUCCAUUAUCAACAACUACAACAAAUAGCGAUUUUCUUGGAUUUCGUUCAUUCAUGAGAAAAUCACCAUUCCGUUCAUCAUUAAGUCUUGUAUGGACAAAAAUAUUUGGAUCACCAAAAGAAAAUUUACAACCAGAAGAAUCAUCAUCUGAUAAAUUAAAACAAGAUUGAUUUUUCAUUGCUC